AUGUUUCUAUGCGAGUAUUGCAGCCGUGGGUAUCAGUCUCGCAGCUCGCUGGCCCGCCACGUCCGCAACCACUCCAUCCACCGCAGCCGCCAUAUCUGUCCCACCUGCGAUGUCGCCUUCUCGCGCCGCGACCUGCUGAUGCGACACAUGCGCAUCCACUGUGCCUCUCCCACGGCGACGGCCGCUGGCUCACCGCAGGAGUCCCGCCCCAAGGCCUCUUCUCGCCGUCGAGUCCAUACUGCCUGCCAGGCGUGUCGUGCCGCGCGAGUCAAAUGCAACGGCGAGCAGCCGUGCGACACUUGCGCCUUGAACCAGCGCGACUGUUCCUACACCUCGCGCUCGGAUAGGGUCAGCCGAACGAGUAUCGCAGGCCCUGUGGUGGCAGUGGCUCCUCCAACCCCUAGUACCGGCCCUGAGCAGACCAGUGGUCCCCUGGAAGACCUCCCGGACUGCGGUACUGAUACUGAUGCUAUGGCACUAGGUACUGCAGAUCCUCAGGCCAUGCUGGACUUGGGCGACUUGGGUGCCAUGUGUGAUUUGGGACUCUCUUGGACGAGCAGUUCUUUUGCAGAGCCCGUCUCGUGGCCGUGGAUGCAUGAGAGCCUUUACCUACAAGGCAGCCCGUGCGAGGACUGGUUUGCCGCUCCAACUACUACUGCGAUAUCUAAUCAGAGUGGUUUGAUGGCUUCCACAAGCAGUGACGAUGGUCAUGCAGCAGAGCCUGUGAUAGAGUGUCCACCAGGAGACUUUACUAGAACAGUAACCCCAAUGCUGCCUCACAAUCAAGGGAAUCAGGGCACGGUAGUCCCUCGCAGCCACUCCGAGGCCCAGACGCGCGUGGUACAGGAGUUGGUUGCGUAUGCUACACGGACCGAGCUGGAGAUGACACAAUCCCGGCUUUGUUACUGGCGGUCGAUGUCCCUGCGCAUCACCGAGGCCUUCCAGAUAGGCGAUUGGCAGAUGCCAGACGCGGAUUCAAUGCUGGCUGGCUUGAUGAGGCUGUAUGAGCGGAACUUCUCGCCUCUGUGGCCGUUAUUGCGAGCGCAGGAUUACGACGCGGCCACACUACACCCCUUACUGUUUCUUGUCUUGGCCUCCAUAGGAGCCAUGUACGGCACUCCCCAAGAGUCUCGAUUCGGCACUGCCUUGCACGAAGAAAUCCGCCUCGCCUUGGUUACUCCGCUGUUCAACGUAGAGGAGAUGGAGCAAGGCCUGCUGGCACUGGCUCAGGCUCGGCUGCUGGCCCAGGUGGCCGCCCUUUACUUUGGACAACGACGAGCUUUUUCCUACGCUCAGCACCUCGGGGCGGUCCUCAUUGCUCAGGCUCGACGUAUGGAUCUAUUCACCGUCUCCAGGGCCCACAGCUCGACGGCCGACGCGUCCAAAGAAGAGCAGCUAAACGCCUGGUGCGUCUUGGAGGCGAGAAAGCGGCUGGCCUUUGGUAUCCUGCGCGCCGACGUAUACGCCAGCGUGCUGAUGAACUCGCGUCCUCUUCUCUCUCCUGAGGAAAUUGAAUUCGACCUGCCGGCGCCUGACGAGCUUUGGAUUGCCGCUGAUAACCCCUCUGUUGACAAGUUCCUUACGGGUAUCAGAUCGCAUGCCCCGCGAGCUCGCCUGUCCUUUUGUGAUCUUGUUCGCAUUGCAUUUGACCGCAGCGAAGCCCUUCUCGAGAUGGAGCCAGCCCGGUAUGAACUACUGCUUUUUGGCCUGCAAGAGCCGGUAUGGCGCUUCAGCCACGACCCUCACCUUUUCCGGCGCCUGACGGGGUCGCUCCAGCUACCGGGGAUCACGCCAGAUCAACAACCCACAGCAGGAUCGUCUCUCCAAACAGACCAGCUAGGGGCAGUGCACCAUCGCAUGGACGACCUAAACGAAGAACGCCUCCGGCUGAUUGAAGCCCUCCGCAAAUGGGAACGCAGCUUCACCGCAGUCCGCACCACCCAGCAGCCUUCCGAGACAGCGAAAAGCCGGACCAGCAUCAUGAGCAGCCUCCUCCUCUUCCGACUGUCGUUUCUGCGCCUCACCACGCCUCUUGCAGACCUGCACAGCAUUUCCCAGGCUGUCUCUAACAACCAAACCGUCGACAACCGGCGGCUGCACCAGUUGACCGUCUGGGCGCAAAGCCAGGAUGCGCGCGUCGCAGUCGACUUUGCGUGCCAGAUCUGGACUCUGCUCGCGCAGGAGACGGAGCGGCCGGUUAUCGAGCGUGCGAAGCAUAAUCUCCUGGCGUUCUCGGGGCUGCAUCAUGCUACGGUAGUGCUCUGGGCCUUUGCUGGGAGCCAUGAGCGGCCGCUUCCCGAGUUGAAUCUCCCUGGGCUGGGAGACGUGGGCGUCUCGAUCCCUAUAUGUAGGUCGGAGAGUGCCCCGCUGCUGAAGCAGAUCCUGCAUCUUUACAGACUUCUUGCGCCGGUUGGAUGGUGCUCUUUUGCGGCUGCUGCGGAGCGUCUAUUGGGGCAUCAGUUUCCGGGGAUAGAUCAGAUAUGA